ACGUGGAAGUAACCUGCAUCAGUGUUCAUGGGAAGUCCAUGGUCACAGCUUUUAUUCCUCAGUGCAGGGGCUUAAAAAGGCGAGUCAAGGCUGAGUUUGUCGUGUGCAGGUGACAUCCUGGAUAAAUAGAGGACUGAGGUUAAACACUAAGUGAGGCGGUUUGUGCUCUCUGGAGGUUUUUCUUAGUAAAUUUCCUUUCCUGCUUCACCAUGUUUUCUGUUGAAGAGGACAUUGCAAACCGCGCUUGCUCUGGUUACCAGGAUCAGCAUCCCCACACUAUCCUUUACAACAUCUUGAGCUGGAGGGACAGCGACCGCCUCAACGACGAAGCAAACUCUUACCUCACGUCACACACCUGCCACUGCAACCAGAGGAAAGUUCGCCUGAAGGACCCGACGGCCACCUGUCAAGUUGCCUCCAGUGUGCUCAUCAAAACCGUCUGCUUCAUGAGGAGCUUACCAUCCUUCAGUCAGCUUCCACUGGGAGAUCAGUCAUCGCUGUUAACACACUGCUGGGUUCCGUUAUUUGUUCUGGGGCUAGCACAGGAAAGGAUUAUGUUUGAAGUGACUGAUGUUCCAAAUCCAAGUAUCUUGAGACAGAUUUUGCUCAGGCCGGGACUUUCUGAAAAGGAGGCCGACCAACCAACUCUUGCCGGAGUCCACAGACUAAGAGCUAGCUUGUAUCAGCUGUGGGAUCUGGAUCUCAGCCCUAAGGAGUAUGCUUACCUGAGGGGUGCUACGUUGUUUAACCCAGCUGUUCGGGGAUUGAGCGCCAUGUUGCUCAUCGAGAGCCUCCAACAGGAAGCACAGAGGGCUCUCCAGGGAGUCAUCCACCUGCUGCACCCGGAGGACACCAGUCGCUUCAGAGCAGCCUCUCUAGCAGCCUCCACCACCCGGAACGUCAGCCACAGCUUGGUCACAGAGCUUUUCUUCAAGCCAGUUAUUGGCAACACAAACAUGUUGCAUUUAUUAACAGACAUGCUGUUUGUCCAAUGAGAUUACAGAGAAAAUGUUGUUUUUAAACAGAUUGUUUGCCAUUGGGCACAUAAUGUUUUAUUCACUGCGAAUUUUAUUGAUCUUUUUGACAUGUUGUUUUUGUUCUGUUUUUAUCUCUGCCAUGUAAGGUGACCUUGACUGCUGUGAAUAAAAUGUACUAUUAUUAACUACAGUGAAAAGUGGAUGAAAGAAACGUUUCAAUCCCUUUUUAAUGAUGCAUCGCUUCUGUGAAAUCAUGGAAAUCAACCACAAACAACAUACUUUGACUCCCUCAUGUGGCCAUGUGGCAAACAACAAGCAAAUGCCUCCUUCUGUAGUUUCACUUAAUUAACUUUAUUGCUUUACAACGAGACAUCAGUUAAAAGAUGGUUUAUUGUGAAUGCCAACACAUCUUUGCUGAAAAUAUACAUUUCCUUUUGGUGAAGACCCAAGUGUUUACAUGACAAACUCUGGUACAAUGUACGAAUGAACUGAAGAUGCAGGACUUUCCAGUGGAAUAAAAAAGCAUGUUACAGUUAA